CAGCUGCUGCGUUCUAUGAGCGCCGGUCUUGUCUCCCCCAGCUAGACUGUGAGCGCCCUCACGGCGGGGACCUGCACCCGCACUUCUUCGGCAUUCGGCCGACAUUUAUGUGCUAUGUCCCCAGCCCGGUGCUGGCUUCCGUGGGAGACACAGAUUUUGGCUAUGGAAAAGGGAAAUGUACUAAGCAAGGCCCAGCAGGAGCUCACGAGACCCAUUUUGGAGAUGACAAACUGGAAGACCUUGAAGAGGCAAAUCCAUUCUCCUUUAAAGAGUUUCUGAAAACCAAGAACCUUGGUCUGACGAAAGAUGACACGACCAAUAGCAGAAUUUAUCCAAAGGAAGCCUCAAGGCACUCAUUGGGACUGGACCACAGCUCUCCCACCCCCCAGACUGUGGGGUAUGGCCUGGAAUAUCAGCAGCCAUUUUUUGAAGACCCCACAGGGGCUGGCGACAUCGUGGGUGAGGAGGAGGAAGAUGAAGACAGUGGGUGGAAUGGGGCCUAUUUACCAUCUGCUGUGGAAAAGACUCACUCCUCCAGGGCCACGGCCAGCACAUCACCCUGUGGCACGUACCUUUCCUUUUUUUCCACCCCGUCGGAGCUGGCGGGGCCCGAGUCUCUGCCCCCCUGGACACUGAGUGACACAGAUUCACGCAUCUCUCUGGCAUCUCCAGCAGGAAGUCCUAGUGCAGAGUUUACAACUCACGGGGAGUCUCUGGGAGACAGACACCUGCGGACGCUGCAGAUAAGUUAUGAAGCACUGAAAGAUGAAAAUUCUAAGCUAAGAAGAAAGCUGAAUGAGGUUCAGAGCUUCUCUGAAACUCAAACAGAAAUGGUAAGGACGCUUGAGCGGAAGCUAGAAGCAAAGAUGAUCAAGGAAGAGAGUGACUACCAUGACCUGGAGUCAGUGGUCCAGCAGGUGGAGCAGAACCUGGAGCUGAUGACGAAACGGGCUGUAAAGGCAGAAAAUCACGUCAUAAAGCUGAAACAGGAAAUAAACUUGCUCCAGGCACAGGUUUCAAACUUCAAGCGCGAGAAUGAAGCCCUGAGGUCAGGCCAGGGUGCCAGCCUGACGGUGGUAAAGCAAAACACUGACGUGGCCUUACAGAAUCUCCGUGUUGUCAUGAACAGUGCACAUGCCUCCAUAAAGCAGCUGGUUUCUGGAGCUGAAACAUUGAAUUUUGUGGCUGAAAUCCUUAAAUCUAUAGACAGAAUUUCCGAAAUUAAAGAUGAGGAGGAGAAGUCUUAAGGACCUCUGGAUGCUUCCAGCUCCGUGUGCCCUGAUCAGCAGUGCUUCAUCUGAAUGUGCAAUUGUGCCCCAAACUAUGCAGUCUUCACUCAGAAUAUUUAUCAUGAGAUACUAAUUUCAUGACCUAAAACAGUGUUAUUGGCCACCUGCAAUAAGAGCAGCUCUUGUCCAUGAGUUGCUUUUGUGGUUUAUGUGCAGUCCUUCCUGGUGAAAUUCUCACUGUUUUAUAGUUUCAGUAACCUAUUGGAAGAAAUUUUUAUAAAAUCCAGUGAGUUUUUAAAUUACUAAAUAUGAAAACAAAAGUUCUGUAAUAAGUGCUCUUCCAUUUUCAUCCCAGAACAUUGAUAAGUUCAGUUGAUUAUCUUGAUUACGUAAGUAGAAAGAACACUAAGAACCACCUAGGAAUGAGCAGCUUUAACAGGGACAUGUGCCUUUUUGCUGUCACUCAGCGCCUAUCAGCCUUUCUGGGAUGGUUUCUGUGGUCAGUGGCCCAAGUACAGAGGCACCACUUGGUGGACGCUGCUAUUCCUCCUACAGGGACACAAGGUUGCAGACAUUUCACACUGUGAAGGUGUCUAAACUUGGGCUUUGAGCCUUCAGCUUUGAAAAGCUAUUUUGGCUAGUGAUUUUGAUACACAUUUCAAGUGUGUUUUGUACAGUGAAGCUUAGAGUUCGGUAGUCUAAAGUGUGUGCAGAGCCUCAUUGGGUAGGCAUGAGGUCUUUGGGCUCCUCAUACCUGCUUUACUGUUUGGGAGGGCACAACAGGCACCCUGUGCCUUUUGGGCUGUUUUCCUGGAGAUGCUAUUUUUUACCUUCCUUUCCCCUCUUGUUCAAACCUACAGGUUUCCUGUUUAAAUAAAUUCUGAAGUUCACAUA